AUGGUCGUGGCCGCGGCGCUCCGCGAAGAACUGCAGCUUAGGUCGCUCAGCAACGUUGGCAACUCGUUGCUGGAGAUUGUUGUCCUGCCACGGCUAUGCGUCGAGCAAUGUCAUUCUCGUGUUGGAGCCGCUGAAGAAGACCCGCCUGGGUGCCAAGUUGCCGCGGGAGCGGUCUUUCUCGAGGGAUGCUUCAAACUGAGGUUGAUGGUGUUGACGCUGCUGCUAAUUUCUUGUGCCAGACCUUCGGAGUUCUUGGACCUGCUGCGUGGAUGUUCCAACUGCCUCCGGAUUUCAUAUUCUAUGUAG